AUGAUUGAGCUGGUCGCUAACGCCCCCCUGUCCUACCGAGACCGGAUCCUAGUUCCAGAUUUUCGCCUUGACAUCCUCUCAAUGCCUGAUGGUGAAGCCAAGGACCAGUUUCGUUUCAUCACCAGCGACUUGCAGAGGCUCGUGCGAUACCUGAAGAUACCAGACCCAGUGAUAACCAAGGAGGGCGUUCGUGCAACCGCACUCGAAGCUUUGGCGGUGUGUCUUCGCCGCAUGGCAUUCCCGCAGCGUUGGAUUGAUAUGGCGGGGAUGUUCGGGCGCGCCCCGUCGACACUGUGCCACAUAUUUUACUUUGUUGUGGAGCACCUUGAUAAGACGUUCACAGAAUUGCUGUACUUCGACGCAGAGCGAAUCGCUAAGAACUUAGAUCGCUACUGUCAAGAGAUUGCUGCAAAGACUCCAGACUACAUUGAGGGGGUGUGGGGAUUCAUUGAUGGCACGGUGCGUCCAAUAUGCCGACCUGGAAUCGGGCAACAGGCCGUCUACAACGGGCACAAGCGCGUCCACGCCUUCAAGUUCCAAACCGUAGUGGCUCCGGACGGUAUGAUCUGCCAUGUUUACGGGCCGGUCGAUGGAAGACGACACGACAUCUACAUGCUGAGAGAAAGUGGUCUCAUGUCGCUUUUGGAAGGCAACGAUGUCUUUCAUAACAAGCUUAUCUACGGGGACCCGGCCUACGGCUGCACGAAUGUCUUCUGCUGUCCAUUCAAGGGAUGCCGAAUCGAUGCGCCGCAACAGGAGGUGAACAAGGCCAUGAGCAAGGUUCGGGUGUCCGUGGAGUGGUCAUACGGCGAGAUCACGCGCUAUUUCUCCUACCUGGACUUCAAGAGACAGCAGCAAGUGGCCAUGACACCCGUAGCAACGCUCUACAAGAUCGGGGUUCUCUUCACCAACUGCAUUACGAUCGCGAGAGGCAAGAACAACAACUCGAAGUACUUCAACUGCCCCCCACCAACAUUCGACGAAUACUUUGGCACGACAUGCUAG